AUGCCACCGCCUGGGGGCCGCUUCCCGGGCCACAAUCUGUCAAAUCCUUUUGCGCAUAUGCAGCAACCUCAUAUGCAGCCGUCGCAUAUUCAGCAGCAACAUCAGCAGAGUCUCCAGCACGCAGGAUUCGGCGGCGGCAAUCCCGGACACAAUGUCAACCUUUUCGGCCACAAUCAAAGCAGUUUCCAAUCGAAUGCUGCACUAGGAGCAGGAAUAGGAGGAGCAGGACUGGGUGCAGCAGCGGGAAUAGGCGGGGUCAGUGGUGGCACAGGACUCGAUGGCCAAGAGGCGCGCAUGCGAUUUGCCCACGGUGCGCAAUUGCAACAGGAUGCAGCAUUGGGUCGUGGACAAGAUGGCACAAAGGGUAUGGGCCAGCGGAUACGAGAGGUUUGGCGCUCAAAUCUGCAUCAAGAGAUGGACCUACUUCGUUCACUGGUCGACCAAUAUCCGUACAUCAGCAUGGUUCUUGUUGCUCGCCCAAUAGGCGAAUUUCACUCAAAGGCUUCUUAUCACUAUCAAACAGUCCGAUGUAACGUUGAUCUACUCAAGAUCAUCCAACUGGGCAUUACGCUAUUCUCUGUCCAAGGCGACGUCCCUCCUUCGCACCUGGACUCUACACAGCUGAGCUACCAACCCAAAGCUGUCCAGCAUUACGCAAACAACAUCAUCGUCUGCCCAUGCACUUGGACAUUCAAUUUCCAGUUCUCUCUUGAGAACGAUAUGUACAAUGAAGAAUCCAUUCAGUUGCUCAAGAAAUCCGGCGCUGAUUUCGAGAAACUUGCCACCCAGGGCAUAGAUCCUGAAGAGUUCGGCUCUCUUCUCACCACGUCUGGACUAAUUCUCACAGAUGAUGUUAACUGGAUAUCUUUCCAUUCUGGAUACGACUUUGCGUACCUCGUUAAAAUGCUCAGUAGCCAAACAUUACCCGAGGACGAGGAAGCCUACCGAGCGCUUGUCCAAAUAUACUUCCCGAAAUUAUUGGAUGUCAAGUUCCUUUGGCGUCAUGCAACAACCCUCGUUCGCCGAGGAGCAAUCGGAUCACAAGCAACAAGCAUCCUGACGAACCUCGGCACAAAGUCAGGUCUUCAAGAUCUCGCAGACGAACUUGGCUGCCAACGGAUAGGUGCUUCUCAUACAGCUGGAUCAGAUGCUUGGUUGACCGGUGCCGUUUUCUGGAAGCUGAGAGACAAGGUUUUCGACGGAUCUAUCCCGGAAGACAUGAAUGGUCAGAUGUGGGGUUUGACGGGAGUCGGUCCACCAGCGAGUGCAACGGCACAAGCUGCAGUGCUUGCUGCCCAAGGCGCUCAGACCAUGGCUGGAUAUCCUGGAAUGAACGGCAUGAUGUUCCAGCAACAUAGAGAGGGACCGAGCACACCAACAAACCAUCCUGCCGGCUUAGCGACCACCCCGGGCCCGUCUCAUGGUGGCAUCACCACGCCAGGCACCAUGGGUACGUUUGGAGAGUUCAGAUACAGUGGAAAAUAG